GGCGGUGGGUUCAUCUUGAGGCCAGUAUUGAUCAGCGCGUGUUUACACAGCGAGCUGAGCAGAGCUUUCCCCUCAGUCACAGCGGCUCAUAACACACAAUCAUGUUUUCUGUGAUGAUGCAGCCGAGCAGAUUCAGUUCCCACAGCUGCCUGCUCGCUCUGACUCUCAGCUUGGUGCUGCUAAGUGAGUUUCCCCGAACAGCAGCAAGUGAUGAGAACGCCAGUGUUCGUGAAACCCGUUCAGUGGGUAACCGGGUGGUAGUUCAGCCGGUGGACUGCAUUUUAUCGGAGUGGAGCCGUUGGUCCCGCUGUGACACCUGCACAAAGAAGAAAUACCGCUAUGCUAAACUGGAGCAGCCAUCUCAGUUUGGAGGAGAGCCAUGCUACCUUCAUGGCGCCCAGGAGGAACGCUGCGAGGUUCCAGCCCGCUACACCUGCGAUAGCGUACCUCUGUGUGAGGGAUUCCUCUGCACACAAACGGGUCGCUGUGUCCACAGAACCCUGCAGUGUAACGGAGAGGACGACUGUGGGGACAUGUCCGACGAGGUCGGCUGCACGAAGACGUCCAAGCCCUGCAGGGUGGAGGCAGAAGAGUACUGGGGAAUAGAAAAUCUGGCCAAAGGAAUAAACGUCCUGAACAGCCACCUGGAAGGCGUGGUGCUCGAUAACAGAUACUAUGGAGGCGGCUGCCUGCCUCACUACAUCCAGGAUGUCCCGUUCAGGAAGCCUUUCAACUUGCAGCAGUACACGUUGCAGACGAGAGGCUCGUACGAUUUCACCCUGCAGUCGUUCGAGUCGUACUCUGACUACAUGGAUCACACUUUCAGGGAACGGAUGACCCAAACCUCUUUCUCCAUUGGCUUCAGCGUUCCGGGCGUUUUCAGCUUUGGGUUCAAUUACGACUCCUCCAAAUACAGCAAGUCUGUCAGCAAGAUUCGACGUGCCUCCGGAGUUACAAACAGCUUCAUUCGAGCCAAGGCGGAGCUGGAGCUGGCCCAGUACAUCCUGAAGUCCGACGGCUUGGUGCUUCACCCGGAGUUCCUGCAGCGCCUUCGCUCUCUGCCGCAGGCGUACGUUUAUGGAGAGUACAGACAGAUCUACAAGGACUAUGGCACCCACUACAUCACCGAGGCCGCCCUCGGAGGAGACUUCGAGCACACGACCAUCCUGAACAAAGAGAAGCUAGAGAAGUCAGACUAUAAUUUGGACCAGUACAAGUCUUGCCUGCAGAUAGGUUUCAAGAUUGGGGUGACCAUUGAAGGAGUUCCUGUAUCCUUGGGCCUUGGAGGUGGAUCCUGUUCUGGACUUCUGAAUGAAAUGGGAGAGGACACAAAGAACGGGGCGAUGGUGGAGGACUUUGUUGCUGUCGUACGGGGUGGAAACAGUGAAUCCAUCACUGCUUUGUUGUCUCAGAAGCUUCCCAGCGAACAGCUGAUGAGGCUCUGGGGUGAAGGCGUCCGUUACAACCCGGACUUCAUCCGCAUGACAACCAAGCCGCUGUACGAGCUGGUGACUUCCAGAGACUUCGUCCAGGCCGACAGUCUGAAGAGGAACUUGAAGGGAGCUCUGUCCGAGUACCUGGCUGAGACCAGCGCCUGUCGCUGUGCUCCCUGUCACAACAAUGGAGUGGCUGUUCUAAAAGGCACAAGAUGCGAGUGCGUGUGUCCUACCGGCUACACCGGACGGAGCUGCGAAAUCACUUCCAGGCAAAAAGUGUUGGGCAUCGAUGGUGGCUGGAGCUGUUGGGGAGCGUGGUCGUCCUGCAGCGGGGGUCAAAUGACCCGGAGUCGACAGUGCAGCAACCCGGCACCAAGCAGCGGCGGCCUCCCGUGCAGAGGGCUGCAGCAGGAGUCCACCGAGUGCUUUUAAAGUCGCAGAUGUUAAAGAAGAGAAAGGGAAUAAAGUAUCUACCAAACACG